AAAUUUACUUGAUCAUAGAAACUGGAUUGAUAUGUGAGGAAUCAAAAUCAAAUCUUGGAAAAAUUCUUCUGCUUUCCUGGCCUCUUUCGUGUUGAUUAAGUUUUCGUACUUGGAUUCUGUUUCUUCUUUAUUUGAAUAGUGGCUGAAAACAAGGAUUUGGGAUUAGUGCACAUUUAGGUCUCGAAAAUUCUUCUUGGCUUCCAAUCUUCUUAUUUUUGAGAAAAUUAUAAUGGCCGCGGCUUGCAAGCGAUUGGCACAAUUGAGAAUGAGUUCGGGGAUUUCGUGCUUUGGGGCCUCAAAGUCGUCUUCUUCCAACUCAAGUCUCCGAUCAUUUUCCCAAUUGUUGAAAUCAAAUGGACGACGCUUUUUCUUGGUUGACACAUUAACCCUUGUUAAGAAACUCGAGGCGCAAGGAGUGCCCAGAAAGCAAGCUGAGGCAAUAACUGAUGCCUUUACUGAAGUUUUGAAUGAUAGUCUUGAUAAUACCCAAGAGUCCAGCUCAUCCAAAUUGAAAGCAGAAGUGCAGAGCUCAAAGAUGCAAUUGCUACAUGAUAUUGGGAAACUAAGGACUACCAUGAGGAAGAAUUCCAGUGAAUCAAGGUAUAAGAAAUCUGAAUUCGCUGUUGAUCUCGAGAAACGGUGGAAAGCAGCACAAUAUGAUGUUAUGAAAUAUUGCAUAGGAACCUUUGUUUUAACAUGGGGCAUUGGACUUACUGUUCUUCAGCAUCUUGAAUCAACCAGGAGUGGAUAGUUGCUAAGAUGAAUAAGGCUUCACUUGAUGGAGAAGAGAAAUGUCAAUUGAAGAAGUUUUUUUUAUGUUGGGUCCUGCAAUACUGCAAUUAUGCAAUUUUAAGUUUAUGUUAUGUAUAUAUUUAAGUUGGUUUACUUUGCAAUUUGUAUUGCACUUUGGAGUGUUAGUAUAUUAAAAUAGGUAUUAUUACU